CAGUAGCCAUAUCUCAAGCGUAGAGUCUAACGAAAAGAACUGCUCUGUAACACAUAUGCCUGAUACCUGAGUAUUUUGUAAUAAUACGUGAGUUGGUGUAUGCGAAGGUAUUGGUUUGUAAUACUGUUUAGAUUUUUGCGGUAACGAGUCCAUGGCUCUGCUGAUAGUAAAUUUUCAAAACCAGACAAUGAGAAAACUAAGACAGAACUGAUGAAACAGCAACUGACAGAUGUCCUUAGGAGAAUGCAGAGCGACUGCCUCAUGACUGACAACCUAGUUGAACGCCUGAGACCAACAGGAUCAAUUAUCCCUCUACUCUACGGUCUACCAAAGGUGCACAAAGCAGGUGUGCCACUUCAACCAAUUUUAGACAUGGUGGGAUCACCAUACGAUCCGAUUGCCAAAUGGCUGUCCGAAAUGCUAGAGACUGUGAGAUAACAACUCUGUAAGUACUCUCUCCGAGAUACUUUUGAGUUUAUUGAAUGCAUAAAAGACUUGAAUGUAAAUGGCAAACGAAUGUUAUCACUGGACGUAGAAUCUCUAUUUACGAAUGUGCCUCUCACAGACACAAUUUGUUUCCUUUGCAAAUAUAUAAAUGACAAGAAUCUGAUCAUCGGAAUACCAACCUCAUAUCUGAAAGAUAUUUUCGCUGAACCUCUUGUUCUUUUCCCUCUCAAAUUUAAGCGAGAGACGAUGGUGUUGGUUUUGAUGUGAUUAAAGGAGGUUGACUGUGAAAUGUCUCUCACAAACCAAAUGGAAGCUUCAGCAGAGUAAUUUCGUAGUGCUAUAUCAUGGCUUGUGUUCUUGUGCAUGCGGGUGCAGGGAACCACUCAAAAUUUAACGAAGAGAAAUAUAACGAAUUAUGUUAUGAAGCCUGUUUACAUGCCUCUGAUCUGAUGUGUUUUGAAAAUAAGAACGCUGUGGAUGCUGUAGAGACUGCCGUUGCCUAUUUAGAAGACUGUUCAUUAACCAAUGCGGGGCUUGGAAGUAAUUUAACUAUAAAUGGGUUUGUCGAGUGUGAUGCAGGCAUAAUGACUAGUUCUACCCAUCAGUUUGCUGGGGUCGGAGCCGUCCGAAAUGUGAGAAAUCCUGUAAAAAUCGCAAGACUUCUCCUACAGACGCAGAUUGACCAGCCUUUGGGUGAAUGUGGACGAGUCCAGCCAUGUUUACUUGUUGGUGAUGGGGUUCGUGCCUGGGCAGCUACAAAAGGACAUUUUAUUGAUACAUGUGAUCUUACCACUAGAGCUUCACAAUUAUCGUGGGAAAAAUACAGAAGUUGGUUACAUGAUGAUGACAAAACGAAUGGGAAUGCGAGUAUUACCGAUUGUAUGCCUGGGUGUAGUUAUUCCAGUGAAGAAAAGAAAUCCAGUUUUGACACCGUCGGCGCUGUAUGCGUGGACUUGGAAGGUAACAUUGCCUCUGCGGCGUCAAGCGGUGGCAUUGCAAUAAAAUACGAGGGUCGUAUUGGACAAGCAUGUACAUACGGUUGUGGUUGCUGGGCAGAGGAACUCAGUUUGUAUUCGCGAAUCGGUACCGUCACUUCUGGUACAGGUGAACAGUUAGUAAAGACCCAGCUCGCUCAGCGUUGUGCCGAACGAUUCAGCGGUUCGUCAAUCUCUGUUCCCGAAGUAGUCAAGUCAUCUCUGAUUGAUGGUUUUCUAAAUUCAAAAUAUCUUUCAUUAGACAGGGAAAAGUGGGCUGGAAUAGCUGGUGUAUAUUACAACUUCGAAUGUACAAACCGUCCGGUUGUGGAUAUAUUUGUUGCACACUCAACAACAUCAAUGAGCGUCGGCCAUUAUGUGCCUAGUGUUAUGAGAGAACCAGCCGCUCGAAUAACACGAAAACAAACUGACGAACCCAUAUACUUAGAGGUCUCGUCGUACUGCUUACAAUAAAUUGGGCGAUAAGUUUCAAAUCUUCUCUUGUCUCUGACCUUCAACUUCUGAAAUCUACUAAUGACUGACGUAACUCCAUUAUACUUAUAUCAAUAAUGACUGAUGUAUUAGAACUGUUGAUUCGAUGUUAGCUAACUGACGAUUUCCAAUCUCGGUUAUAGCUUGAAAUUACAAAUAUCUUUCGCGAGCUUUCUAUCACAUAUGCAUUGUGGUGUACGUUAAAAUAAUCAGGACACGACAUGACAUGGUAAAACAUUUCUAUCAGUUCCCUGUUAUUAUAGUAUGCAAUGGAUACUCCCCAAAAAACAGCGUCUAUGGAUGGGAUAAUAAAGAAAAGUGAGUCUUAUCCGCAUGGUUGCAGACUCCAAUUUCAAUACCGUGUAACAUUUCUGCGUAAAGCAUUCAGAGAAAGUGGGAUAUUUUGAUAAUAUUGUGAUGACAUAAAUUUACUUUUUGAAUUUGUUGUGUGUCAUUUCUGUUGUAUAGAAUUGUUAGCAAAUUAAAGC